UUUUUCUCUCCCUUUACAUAUCCCUUAAGAACUACCAUCUCGUAUGGCUAUGUAAGCAAAGUUUCCAAAUUGGGAAUUGGGUGUGUUUUUUCAGGAUUUUGUUGGUUAUGCAACUCUCCCUCGUCUCUCACAGUUAAAACUGUAUGGGAGAAAGCUCGGUACUGUCUGGUUCUAAGGCAGUGAAUUAUUGAAAGGAGAGUUUAGCUCUGUCUGAUUUUACAAUGCCAGUUCCCCUUGCGCCGUGUCCGACACCUCCAGCGCCUUACACUCCUCCUGCUGCCAAUGGUGCUCAAAGCCAGCUUGUCUGUUCCGGUUGUCGAAAUUUGUUGCUCUAUCCUGUUGGAGCAACCUCUGUGUGCUGUGCUGUCUGCAAUGCAGUUACAGCAGUGCCGCCUCCCGGCACGGAAAUGGCCCAGUUGGUCUGUGGAGGCUGCCAUACCUUAUUAAUGUACAUCCGUGGAGCAACGAGUGUUCAAUGUUCGUGUUGUCACACUGUCAAUCUGGCCUUGGAAGCAAAUCAGGUGGCACAUGUAAAUUGUGGGAACUGCAGGAUGUUGCUAAUGUACCAGUAUGGAGCAAGAUCUGUCAAAUGUGCAGUUUGCAAUUUUGUGACAUCAGUUGGGGGCUCAGCAAGCGCUGCCGAACAGAAGUUCAACAGCUAGGAUUACAUUACAGCCAAAUUGAUUGUUAUAAGCUACAACUAUCUUCCUCGCGUUUGCGUCCCAUCGGCAAAAUGGAGGAAACUCCCUCCUCGCUUUGUAUUGAGUUAUUUUACCUUGAGUGACUUGUGGUAUAAGCAGUUUUGUAUAGCUGGUUGGAAGUACCUGUAACAGUUUGAGCAAUCGGUUAUCUUCCCAAUUCCAAUAAGAUAAACUUCGUUUUCUUUUACUUUGCCAUGUAUAUGAGUGGCAAUAAAUACAGGGCAUAAAGUUCA